AUGUCGCAGAAAUUCACGCUCGCUUCCACGGCCAAGCUCAACUCGGGAUAUGAAAUCCCGCUCCUUGGCUUCGGUGUCUAUCAAAUCCCGAAAGAAGAGUGCCCAGCCAUCUGCCAAAAAGCUUUAGAAGCAGGCUACCGACAUAUCGACUCGGCUUCCCUCUACCGUAAUCAGGGCGAGUCUGCUUCUGCCAUCCCGGCAUCAGGCGUUCCACGCAGCGAUGUCUUUUUCACCUCCAAGGUGCCAUUUUUCAAGGCCCCCAUGGGCUACGACAGCACCCACAAGCUCGUCGACGCCGCUCUCGAGCAGACGCAGCUCAAUUACCUGGACCUGAUGCUUAUCCACUGCCCCUACGGCGGGCCCGAGGCUCGCAAAGGUGCAUGGCGCGCACUUGUCGAGUGCGUCGAGGCCGGCAAGGUACGCUCCAUCGGUGUCUCCAACUACGGCGUGCACCACCUCGAGGAGCUCGAAGCCUAUAUCAAAGAGCUCGAGGCCGAGCGCGGCCCCGGCAAGGGCGGUGUACUUUCUGUCGGCCAGUGGGAGCUUCACCCAUGGCUGAUGCGAAAAGAUGUGACGGAAUGGUGCAGGAAGCGCGGCGUCGUGCUAGAAGCCUACUGCCCGAUUGUCCGCGGUGAGCGCUUUGGUGACCCCAAGCUGAAACAGCUGGCCGCCAAGUAUAGCAAGUCGGAGGCGCAAAUCUUGUUACGUUGGAGCUUGCAAAAAGGUUUCGUGCCCCUGGUCAAGACAGUCACGCCGAGCCGCGUUUUGGAGAAUGCGGACUUGUAUAAAUUUGAGUUGACAGAGAAUGAAGUCAACGAUCUCGCAACUGACGAGUAUAGCCCGUGUGCGUGGGAUCCGUCUGUUGAGACGCUUGAUAAAUGA